ACUGAACUCUUCUUAUUUUUACAGGUAUUUCGGUGAACUAUGAAGUCUGGCUGAGACGUUCCAGAAUAAUUAGAAACUAUGAAGAUGAAUGACUCCGACAUCGAUGACGAAUGGUACCACCGAAAUUUCCUCAUCUACUCAAGAUUCUGGGUCCAAAGGAUCCUCGUCCCCACCAUCAUGACAAUUGGCAUCAUAGGUAAUGUCAUCACUAUCGUGAUCAUGACACGCCGCAGGAUGCGAAGUUCCACCAACAACUACCUGGCUGCCCUGGCCAUUUUUGACAUGAUGUAUUUGAUAUUCACCUUCAUCCUUUCCCUCAGCCACUACCCAAGAGUUCCUGAUAUUGACCACUACGCCUACUGGAGACUCAGGCCUUUCAUCUUCAUGCUCACAGACGCCUGUAGUAACAGUUCAGUGUGGCUGACUGUCACAUUCACAAUUGAGCGCUAUAUCGCUGUGUGCCACCCGAUGAAAGGCAAGGUUUUCUGUACGGAGUCCAGGGCCAAGAAAGCCAUCGUCGCCGUGUUCUUGUUCUGUUUCGCUUUCACAAUUCCCACCCCUUUCGAAUGGAAAGUGAUCGAAAGAGUCGACGAUUCGACAAACCGAACUACUCUGUCUCUCGAUCUGACAGAAAUGGGCAAGAAUUACAUGUACAAGACAAUUUACUACUGGUUGACUGUUGUGGUUUUCAUUUUCAUUCCCUUUAUUUUGCUAGCCAUUUUCAACAGCUUCUUAAUAAGAUCAGUUCACAUGUCUAAAGUCCAGAGAUCUUCGAUGACCCGCGGCAGCGACAACAGCCAGGAGAACAAAAUCACUAUAAUGCUGAUCGCUGUCGUCAUAUUGUUUUUCAUUUGUCAGCUACCUACCGCUUGUCACCUCUUGUACAGCACUCUGCACGAAAGCUUUGACUCUAAACAGCUCUACCUGCUGAGAGGGUUGGGCAAUAUAUUCAAUUUCCUCAUGUCCCUCAACGCUGCGGGGAAUUUUGUACUGUACUGUUUACUUAGUCAGAAAUAUAGGAAGACAUUUAUACAAAUUUUCUGCCCCUGCAUGCGAGAGAACAGAAACGCCAUGUAUUAUCAAAGCACUGUCUGUAGCAAUGUCGACACGGACAGUCCGGGAAGCAACUCGCGCAACGCUUGUACUCUCAAAUGCACGGACAGUCCAGCGAGUACUUCGAGGACUGCUUUUCUGCAGGUACCGAAAUCAUCCCGUUCAAAGGUUGAUUACUGUGACGAAGACAGCAUCGAUGAAAAUGGAAGAGACUGUGGUAGAUGCCAAAGGUUCAUCAGAGCUCCGUGGAAACACCUGAAGCAGAAAAACCGGGAACAGGUGAUCCCUCUGAAAGGGGGUGGCAACAAAUGCAUUGUGAUAACAGCCCCGGACGGAUUUCCGGAAUCGCAGCAGUGGUCGGCUGUUUGAUUGUGCUUAUGUUUUGUCCCCGAUUGUGAGAACUAAAUGAAUCAUCAGUAUUUAACAAUUAUAGUCAUUUUAUUUAUGUCACUUAGGGUUCAUUCAAAUAUAAUGUAAGCACUUAAUGGGAAAAGGAGUUUGGGAUUUGCUUAUUUUUGCCUAUACAGGUAUGAGCAAUGCUUAGGCAAGACCCUAAAAUGUUGUUUCUUACAAAAAAAUUUCAAAAAUUAAAAAAAGAACAAUAUGAAAAGAAAUUGGGGAAAUAAUACAUUUUGUAAAGUUUUAUAAUAGAAAUGAAAAUUAAACUUUAGGGGAAAAAAAGUUCUUAAUUUUUUUAUUAGAUGAGUCUAAAAGCUCCCUAGACGUGCUUACGUAAUAUUUGAAAGGUCCAUUUUCUUUUUGUAUAUAAUUAAGUUUUUUUUACGUUAGAGUUCUUGUUAUAUUGUAUUAUAUAUAAGAUGUAUGUAUAAUAUAUAUUAUAUGCAUACAUAUUAUAUAUUUUAUCUAGGGUGAUUCACAAUGGCCACCCUAAAAUAUAUGUUUUUAGAUGUCGAACAAAAUAUGCACUUUAGUAGUCACAAAUUAAUAUUUAAGAGAGAAAAAAAGAAGGGGUUUGGGAUUUGUUUAUUUUUGCCUACAAAGGUAUGAACGAUGCUUAGGUAAGACCCUAAAAUGUCCUUAUUUUCAAAAAAUUUUAAAAUUCAAUAAAAGAACGAUAUAAAAAUUAUAUUUUAGGGGAAAAAAAGUUUAUUCAAGCAUUCUUAAUUUUUUAUUAGAUGAGUCUAAGAGUUCCUUAGACAUGCUUACAUAAUAUCUGAAAGGUCCAUUUUCUUUUUGUAUAUAAUUAAGUUUUUUUUACGUUAGAGUUCUUGUUAUAUUGUAUUAUGUAUAAUAUAUGUUAUAUGCAUACAUGUAUAUUCUGUGCAUACACAUAUAUUAUGUAUUUCAUCUAGGGUGAUUCAUAAUGGCCGCCCUAAAAUAUAUGUUUUUAGAAGUCGAACAAAGUAUGCACUUUAGUGGUCACAAAUUAAUAUUUAAGCGAGGAAAAAAAUGAAAAUAAUGUCAAAGUUUAUCAUUCCUCCUUGAAAAAGUCAUGAUUAGAUUAUUGGAGGAAACAAAAAGUGAAUUUGGUAUUUUUAAAUCCGCUUUCCUUAACAGUGAUUUGUUAAAGUUUGAUGACGUUUUAUGUUUUUUCUUCGCUUAUUUAUUGUAUGAAUUUGCAACCCCAAAUAAGAAUAUUCUUUUAAAUUUCUUUUUGAAGAAAGAUAAUAAAAAAAUAUAUAUAAAGCGAGGUUAUUAUUAUAGUAUACCCUGCGUUAGAAAAUCACCGUGCAGCAAAUAAU